CCCGCGUUGCAUGCUGGGAACUGUGUCGCCUCCCUGGCAACAAGCUGAGGAGAUCAAUAACAUCCGCCCUGUCUGUUUCAGCAUCAGCUGGUCCCUGGGAAGAAGAACAUCUAAUGCGUGCUUAAUUUCUGAUCAAACAUGGACAACCAGCAAGCAGUCGACGCUCGGUAUCUGAAGAGGAGAGUGAAAGGCUGUUCUCUUGAUGUCCACCCGACUGAGAGAGCCCUGGUCGUUCAGUACGAGGUGGAGGCGACCAUCCUGGGAGAGCUCGGGGACCCGAUGGUUGGGGAACGCAAAGAGUGUCAGAAGAUUAUUCGCCUGAAGAGCCUGAACGCCCACACAGACACAUCAUCUCUGGCCCGGAAGGUGGUGGAGGAAUGUCGCCUGAUUCACCCGUCCAAAGUCAGCGAGGUGGAGCAGCUGCUCUUCUAUUUGCAAAAGCGCAAACAAUCAAACGACAACCAGGAGAAGAAACGCAUCACACCUCGAGACUUCACACCUUAUGGAGGAGUGGAGCUGGACGAGGUGGCGAGCAUCAACAGCAUCGAUGAGUACGUGGAGCUGCUGUAUGAAGACAUCCAGGAGAAGAUCAGAGGAGCUACACUCAUCUUCCAGCUGGCCCGGACUCCUGAUAACCUGGAGGAGCUCAUGCAGAACGAGACGGCCAUCGGAGCCCUGGCCCGAGUUUUGAGGGAGGACUGGAAGCAGAGUGUGGACCUGGCAACAACCAUCACCUACAUCUUCUUCUGCUUCUCCAGUUUCUCCCAGUUCCACGGCAUGGUCACACACUUCAAGAUCGGGGCCCUGUGUAUGAACAUAAUCGAGCAUGAGCUGAAGAGGUAUGACCUCUGGCAGGAUGAACUGCAGAAGAAGAAGAAGGCCUAUGAGGAAUCCCCCGAAAACCAGAAUCUGAAGAAAGAGCACGAGAAGUCUUUCAGGAAGUAUCAGAGCCUUCUGAACAAGCAGGAGCAGCUUCUCAGAGUCGCUCUGUGUCUGCUCCUGAACCUGGCUGAAGACACCCGCACUGAGCUGAAGAUGAGGAACAAAAACAUUGUCCAUAUGCUGGUGAAGAUCCUGGACCGCGAAGACCAGGAGUUGCUGCUGGUGGUGGUCUCCUUCCUCAAGAAGCUCUCCAUCUUCCUGGAGAACAAAAACGAUAUGGCUGAAACAUCUGCAGUCGAGAGGCUGGCUCGACUUGUCCCCUGCAAACACGAGGAGCUCCUGAGCGCCUCCGUACGCCUCCUGCUCAAUCUCUCCUUUGACACAACGCUGCGCAGCCAGAUGGUGCAGGCAGGACUCAUCCCCAAACUGUCCUCCCUGCUCGCUGACGAGGGCCAGAGACAGCUCAGCAUGUGCAUUCUGUACCACAUCAGCAUGGACGACAGAUUCAAGUCCAUGUUUGCCGACACAGACUGCAUACCGCAGCUGAUGAAGAUGGUGUUUGACUGUGGAGAGAAGAUGGAUGUGGAGCUCAUCUCACUCUGCAUCAACCUGGCGGCCAACAAGAGUAACGCCCAGCUCAUCUGUGAAGGUAACGGCCUGAAGAUGCUGAUGAAGCGUGCUGUGAAGAUGAAGGACGUUCUAGUGAUGAAGAUGAUCAGGAACCUUUCUCAGCACAGCGGACCCACAAAGAGCCUCUUCCUGGACCAUGUGGGGGACCUCGCCGCUCUGAUCAGUGAGGAGGAAGCAGAGGAGUUUGUCAUCGAGUGUCUUGGCACACUGGCCAAUCUGACCAUCCCAGACCUGGACUGGGCUCUUGUCCUCAAGGAGUACAACAUGGUGCCCUACCUGAAGGACAGACUCAAACCAGGCGCUGCUGAGGACGACCUCAUCCUGGAGGUGGUGAUCAUGAUCGGCACCGUGUCCAUGGAUGACUCCUGUGCAGCCAUGUUGGCCAAGUCCGGCAUCAUUCCUGCUCUCAUCGAGCUGCUCAACGCCCAACAAGAGGAUGACGAGUUUGUGUGUCAGAUUGUCUACGUCUUUUAUCAGAUGGUCUUUCACAAAGCGACCAGGGACGUCAUCGUCAAAGACACUCAGGCCCCGGCGUACCUCAUCGACCUGAUGCACGAUAACAACGCAGAGAUCCGCAAAGUGUGCAACAACACGCUGGAUAUCAUUGCUGAGUAUGACGAGGACUGGGGGAAGAAGAUCCAGACGGAGAAGUUCCGCUGGUAUAACGGUCAGUGGCUGGAGAUGGUGGAGAACCGUCAGAUGGAUGAAGUAGGAGAGCCCUUCAUGUACGGAGACGAUGGAGAAUCCUUCAUCGGGAACGAAGACAUCCUGGAGAGACCUGACCUCUUCUAUAGUGCUGAUGGGAUCAUCUCAGCAGACGGGGCCAUGAGUCCUGAGUUUUACCGCAACUUCCAGAGCGGGGAGCUGGGACAGACCGGGUACAUGAGCAGUGUCGGGGAGCAGUUCGUCCCUGCAGAUCGACCCGUCAGUGCUUACGGCUUCCGCCCUGAUGAACAGUUUUUCUUAAACUACAACAACUCCUCUCGGUAAACCUGGAGCGUCUCACACUCUGCAUCACACAUCAAACACUGUACAAACGUUCACUCAGUGCUGAUAUCUACGACGUGUCUUUAUUUAUACAUCUGUACAAGUCUUCACUGCACUGAAUGUACCAUUUACUCGUCUCUUGCUGAGUCUAAAACUCAUGUCACAGAUGUCUUUAUUUGAAUGAUAUGACAUUCCAGCUCUUUUUAUAGUCUUAUCUCAUUCAACUUUUAUUAAUGUAAUAUAUACACAUGGACUCAUUUUAAGUGAUUGAAGAGAGGACUGCAUUACAGUGUCUUAUCGUGAUAAACUCGGCAGCUGUUGAUUUUACUCUGGACUGAACUCAGUUUUCUGAUUUCACUCUUCCUGUUUGACAUCGAAUGUUUCUUUUUAUCCUCUUUUGUGACUUUUGAAGAUUAUUUCAACAAAAUAAGACAACAAAAUAAGCUCUUUGUGGUUAAAAAAAUCUUCCUCUUGAAUAUAAAGCUUGAUAUCUGUAGGGACCUCUCUGUGAUGUUGUCAGACACCAGAAUAUCAGAUUAACAACCUGAGCCUGUGAGGGAUAAAAACUAAGAACUGUUAUUGGACACACUUUGAUCAGAGACAUUUUUACUAGAGAUGGGUGGAUGAUGCUGAAACACUGAAGCUUGUGUUACUUGACUUAACCUGAUACCAGUAAGAAUGUCACGGACGUAAUCAGCUGAAGAAUAGACUCAGUCUUUAGUAACGACUGUGACUGUGAGCUGUUACACACAUAUAUUUAUCAUAAAACUCGAAGGUAAGCCUCAAAAAGUACUCUGAAAAGAUUCAUGGAUAUAUAAUGUUGGCCAAAAAUACUAAAUAUUACAGCAUUUUGAUGACAAUUGCAUCAGAAUAAAGGAUGCAGAUUUAGAUAUGAGAUAUGAAUAACAUGACACUAUGAAUAAUGUGAGUAGUAAUGAAGCUGCAGUGAUGCCUCAGGCAGUUGUUACAAGUGGUAAGUUAUAAAGCCACUAGGUGUCGCUGUUUGUUGUGUUUGAUGUUAAAAUACAGAUAUUUUUCUUCACUGACAAAAAAAAAGCUUCAUGAGGCUUCAUCCACCCAUCACUAGUUUUUUACCCGAAGAUUGUUUUCAGUCGUUACUGUGUUUCCCUGCUGCAGGCUGGGCGUGUCUACUGCAGAAGUUCCCAGACUCUUUUUACCGUUAAAACAUUUACACCCUGAAAUAAGUAAAAAGGGUUGAGGUUUAAAACUCUCUUUAAACACAUCACUACGCUCUUUCCAGAAAACGUAUCUGAAAAUUCAGGACCACAGUGCUUUUUAUUUUCUUGUUUUGCCUUAACACAAACACACACACACACACACACACACACACACACACACACACACACACACACACACACACACACACACUCUCUCUCUCUCUCUCUCUCACAGUCACUGGAAGCACUGCAGUAGUCUAGAUUAAACUGUCAUCCAUCUUUCUUGGUGUGAAUGUAACUUAAGAAGAAAUGUUGACGGCCUUUGUUGUGAAAUGUGUUUGAAGACUCUUGUUUUUUAAUCUGAACUGGAUCUCGUCUGAUGUGCCUGCUGCGCUGCUCGCCCGCUGACAUGUAAGCUCCCUCUCUGUGGUGCGAUGCCUCACACACACUAAAGGAUGUCACUGUAGUCUGACUGUGUUCAAUCAGACGCAGAUGUUGGCUUCACUGCAGGUUUUUGAUAUUUCUCAGUACAGUGUGUCUGUGUCUUUAUUUAUGAAAAUGUUGUGCACCAUGAAUAAAUAAUCAAAGAGUCA